AGUAGAUCCAUAUUUUAUCAUUUAAUCGCCAUUUAAGGUAUUUUUUGCAAAGGCUUAUAUGAUAUAUAAUUCCUAUUGUUUAAAGAUUAAUUAACGAGGUAGUUUAGUUGUGGUUUUGAAGCCGAUUUUAUGMAGUUCUUACCAAAGCCUUCUUCAAGAUAAAAUGGAGGACAUACUUGCAUCAGAAAGCAAGAAAAACUAUUCUACAGACAUAAGCAAAGCUAAAGAGUUGUUACAUGAAGAUUGUAAAAAAGAAGAAGCAAUAAAAAUCUUAAUUGAUAUAUCCAAAACUGGUGAUGAGRAUGCUACUGAAAUUCUAGCACAGUGCCUCGCAAGUGGGAAUGGGAUAACAAACGAUAACCGUGCUAGUGUUGAAUGGUGUGUUAAGACAUCAGAGGCUGACAAGAGAAUGAAUCACGCUAUGACUGAACUCUUUAUGUCACUUAAGCAAGAAGGAAAACAAAAUAUAACAGUUAAAGAUAUCAAGAAUGCACUCAAAGCAGCAAAAAAAGAAAAAGAAGUAAUUUCUACUACUGAGGCAUCAGAAAAAUCCAAGCAAGAAGAAAUUGGUGGUUUGAUGGGUGUUCUAAAAUCUGCCAUGUCAAUUGGUGGUAAAGAUGAGCUGACUUUGACUGAGUUUUUGGACUCUGCCAUGUCGUAUGCUAAAGGRGAUAUCCCUGAAAUGGUCAUGGUCCUGGACAAAGAUGAAAUAGAACAAUAUAACAAGRCAUCACGUAUUGAAAAGAUUCUAAAAUACCCCCACCAGUCCUUGGAGUCRUUCAAGUUCUACGCUUUGACGACAAUAAGCAAAAGGGGCAACACAUGGUUGAAAUCCCUUAUACCAACAACACACAUCCAAACACUGGUGUUGCUGUACUUCUACCAUCAGUUAUCAGCAAAGAUGUUAUGGUUUCUUGUUCCUCUUGUGAUGUUUUACAUUUCAAUGACAGCUCUGGUUGUAUUUUCUCUACAAAUGUUUCAUGGUCGUCAGUCCCUUAAAAAAUUAAGGAACUUUUCAAAUCUGUUAAAAAAGUUUGACCCACAGAUCACUUCAAAAGAAACUGAUACAAAGUUCAUUUGGAAUUCUGUAACACCUUACAUCUGGUUUUUUGUAUUCAUUAUUGUGGCUGUUGCUGUCUACCCACUUUGUGACAAAGACUGGAUUCCAUGUUCAGAGCUGUCGCUUAUAGCGUUAUUCUUCACUGUGUCAGCAUUUCGAGGUCUGCCAGAUGAGUAUGAUGACUUCACCAUGUACACAAUUGGGCUUAAAAUUCUUACUAUGGUUCUAAAAUCCUUCAGUGAUGUCAAAGGACUGUGGGUGUUAUGUCAUACGUUUUUAACAAUUCAACUUCCGUACAAGCUAGAGUUUCACAUCAGCAUUCCAGGAAUUCUACACAUGGUCAUUCUUAUUAUGCUGGUCAUCAUGGCAGGACGGCAUUCGUGGAAAGGCAUUUAUAAGAUUCUCAUACCUCACAUUGUGUGUCUACUUUGGUGGCAGAUGUUUACAGAGCUGUUGAUGUAUACAACAUGGUUUAGUCUUAUCCGUGCUUCUAUUGGAUGGCUAAUUAUUAUAACCAUYUUACCUCUCCUUGCYGUGUAUGUAGUGGGCAUGUUUUUAGCAAACUUUUUGCAAUGGUUCCUGGUCAUAGAUUUGGCUUCAAAGUUGGCCGUGACAGCUCUGGUUAUUGGUGUCUCGUCGGUGUUUGUUCUUUACUCAAAUGUGGAUCUACCAAAAGACGUUAGAAAGAAGAGGAACUAUGUGCUGGGUGUUGUAGCUGUGGUAGUAGUUUGUCUUUUAGGUCCKUUAUUGUAUGUCAACUAYGUCCCCCCUSAAAAAGGAGCAGAUAAGACAACAUUAAAAUGGGAAUAUUACGACRCUACAUGUGGUCCUAAAGCACUCUCACAGCAYACUGAAGCUWCUUUGCAAGCAAAAUGUGGAGAUUACAUUGGGGAGUCUAUCARAUGGACUGGACGUGUGACGUCRGURAAAGUGGCRUCAAUUGAUAAUCGAUUCCGUGCUUUAGUAACAGCAAUGCCGAAAGUACUUCGACCAACWUUGAGGUGUCUCCUUGGAGGGAAAGAGAUUCAGCAAGACUUAAAGAGCAUUAAACCAGCAAUAUCAACAGGUUGGAUAUUCAAGCAAAAGUCUGGCAUUGGUUGCAGUCUGAAGUCAUUUGAUAGGUACACUUUCUCAAUGGGUGUGGUAUUUACAUCAGAAUAUGGCACCAUUCGAUCAACAGUGACUGUUACACACAAGUACUAUGAAACCAUGAUGAGUCUAAAGAAAAACACAACGGUUACUGUCAAAGGUAUAAUCACCGACGGUUUAGGAUCAUCAGCGCUCAAAAUAUCAUUAAAAAAGCUCUACAUCGAUGGUGUUGCUGCCCAGAAACUUUUAUCUGUAGAGAAAGAUGACAUGUAUGCGGGACUGAAGCAGGCUGCCCGUUACUCUGUACACUUUUUCUUUUCUCCAUUGAUUAAUGAACAAGGAAGGGCUAACGUUGAUGAUGAUGAUGAUGAUGAUGAUGGCGAUUAAUAGAAGAAGUUGGCACUGGAUAAUUAUCAUAACAGAGGCCUGAAGAAUAGCAAAGGGACAAUUAAGGUCGUAAAAUUAAAUGAGCAUGUUCAAUAUUGCUUUAAGCUGCAAGAAAAGCAUUGCGUUACCUGUAUUACUACGAAGAUGAAUAUAGCCGAUGGAAAUUUGUAAGAUUAAGAUAUUGUGAAUUCCAAAUGUCAAGAAUAAAACCAUUUCAUUUCAGAGAGAGGAAAGAAAUUGUUUUCGUACCACUGAACACUGACAGCAUUAAGUGAUUUUAACGAUCAAUAUCAAUGCCGAACUUCAUUGAACUUAUUAAACUGUGUUUGCGCAAGAUUGUUUACUUUCGUUAUGGCUUAUCAUUUAAUAAAAAGGUGCGUCAUUGGA